AUGCUGCUGCCGGGAUUCCCGCCGCAAGAGCCGCCGCAUUGCUCGGCGUGCUCCUGCUCCUCUCCUCCGCGCACCCGGCGCGGUCGGAGCGCCUCCUCGGGUCGCUGCUUGCGAUUCGGACGUGAGUUCGCCGCGACGCGUCUCAAAUGGCAUACUAAUAAAGACACGCCUAUUCCUUCGCUCACGCGUCUCCCUCCAGAACCCGAUCCGCGCAUCGAUAUCUACGAUUCCGAAGCAGAUGCGAUCGACGGCGCCAGUCCUCGACCUGCCACGUGGCCCGCCGGAGCUGUCGGACCCGGAGCUCCGGUGAGGUUCGGCACCGUAGCACGACGCAAGGAGUCGUGGCUCGGCAGAGCGAUGGACAUGGACGAGGCGUGGGCGGCGUGGGACAAGGCUGUCGGAUGUGCCGCCUUCCGAACCAAGCACGCAGAUCUCAUCGCCCAGUACCAGAACGACACGUGGCCCCAGAGCAGCAGCUUCCAGGAUGCUUCUUCCCUGCCGUGCUCUGCUCUCAAGUUGCCUCAUGUCGCCAUUCAGAUAUUCCAAACCACCCGAGCAGCACAGGGGCGGGAGGCAGGCCCCCUAGUGGUGCAAAUGGACAUGGAGGGGCAUGGGGCGGGGAAGGGGCGGCCAGGGCAUAGUGCCGAUGGUCGUCGCAUCUCGCCCGUCCAGCUGGCGCGAGCGCAUUGGAGCACUGAUGAGCGCAUGGCGCACAGCAUAGGCAGCCGCAGCAACAACAUGAAGGAGGAGGAGGCAGACGUGCUGGACACCUAUAGCAUGUGCCAUGCACAGCACUGGCAGUUGCACCAGCAACAACAUGCGGGAGGGAGGGAGGCACCUACAGCAUGUGCCAAUAUUUCGGGGCACAUGGUCAGAGGGCGAACCUGGAUGGCGGGCACGCGCGCAACAAGACGGGCCAAGGUGGGAGCACGGGCACGCGCGAGGGUGAGUCUGCAGCCAGCAGCAGCAGACAGAGAGGGAGGGGGAAGGGAGCAUCGGGAGGAGAGGCAGGAGGGGAUGGGGGAGGAGGAGGAGGAGGAGGAGGAGGAGGUGGUGGUGAUGACAAGUGGUGGUAAGGGAGGCAGCAGAGGAGGCUCGGCAGGAAGCUGA